ACCAUCAUUCCUUCAUUUGUUUUUUUGUUUUUGAAAUUUUUUCUUUUCCAUUUUAGUCUGUUCUGUUGUCGACUUGUCGUGUUCUCGGCAGUGUAAUCAAAGGUUCUGAGAUUUCCAGAUUUGUAGGCUUGAAUGCCGAGGGGAGCUAGCUUCUCAAGGAGUUGAAGUCAUGGCUUCCAGUGGUUUUAGAAAUGGAACGCAAAAGGGAGCGCUGAAGGUUGAGAGGACUCUCUCCGUGUAUUCCAACGUCAAAUCUUCUUCUUUCAAGUCCAAGCCUGUUUCCUCGGCUUCUUCUCAUGCCUCUGGUCUUCGACGGAGCAGCUCCGGCUCGCUUGGUUCGCCUGGAGCGGUUAAGGACGAUGCAGGAGUUCCUGGAAGAGUUCGAGUUACUGUGAGACUGCGACCCCAGAAUGCAGAGGAGCUGGUGGCUGAUGCAGAUUUUGCUGAUUGUGUAGAAUUGCAGCCAGAGCUUAAAAGGUUAAAACUUUGCAAAAACAAUUGGGAUUCAGACACCUAUGAAUUCGAUGAAGUGCUCACUGAAUUUGCAUCUCAAAAGCGUGUCUAUGAAGUUGUGGCAAAACCUGUUGUUGAGAGUGUUCUGGAAGGUUAUAAUGGGACAGUGAUGGCUUAUGGGCAAACUGGUACUGGGAAGACUUUUACCCUUGGACUCCUUGGAGAGGAGGAUACUGCUUCUCGUGGAAUUAUGGUGCGCUCAAUGGAGGAUAUUUUAGCAGAUAUUUCUCCUGAGACUGACUCUGUAUCAGUCUCCUACUUGCAGCUUUAUAUGGAGACCAUCCAGGAUCUGCUUGAUCCUGCUAAUGAUAACAUUUCCAUUGUGGAAGACCCGAGAACUGGAGAUGUUUCAUUACCAGGUGCGACUGUAGUAGAAAUCAGGAACCAGAAGAGUUUUGUGGAGCUGCUACGAUUGGGGGAAGCUCAUCGAUUUGCUGCAAACACAAAGCUGAAUACUGAAUCUUCUCGCAGUCAUGCUAUUCUAAUGGUAAAUGUUAAGAGGUCUGUCAUAGGAAGAGAAGCAACUCUUUUAAGUGAGAAUGGCAAUGCCUCCCACUUGAGCAAGACUAUAAAACCACCUCUUGUUCGCAAAGGAAAAUUAGUUGUGGUAGAUCUUGCUGGUUCAGAGCGUAUUGAUAAAUCAGGAAGCGAGGGGCAUACUUUAGAGGAAGCCAAAUCUAUCAAUCUCUCAUUAAGUGCACUUGGAAAGUGCAUAAAUGCAUUGGCAGAAAAUAGUGCACAUGUACCAGUUCGUGAUUCAAAGCUUACGAGGUUGCUUCGUGAUUCAUUUGGGGGUACAGCAAGAACUUCAUUGAUUGUAACAAUUGGGCCAUCUCCACGCCAUAGAGGAGAGACUGCAAGUACCGUAAUGUUUGGUCAAAGGGCUAUGAAGGUGGAGAAUAUGGUUAAGAUAAAGGAAGAAUUUGAUUACAAAAGUUUGUCAAGAAGACUUGAGAUACAGUUAGACAAACUUAUUGCUGAAAAUGAAAGACAGCAGAAAGCUUUUGAGGAUGAAGUGGAAAGAAUAACUAUAGAAGCACAAAACCGUAUCUCUGAGGUGGAAAGAAACUAUGCUGAUGCUUUGGAGAAGGAGAGAUUGAAAUACCAGAAGGACUAUAUGGAAUCCAUAAAGAAACUUGAGGAACAAUGGGUAAUGGAUCAGCAGAAGCAUGGUAAUGAUAAGCGUGGAGUUGAACAUAAAGAUGAAUGCUUGGACAAAGCGCGUAGCUGGGAGGGCCCCUUGGUGUCUGUUUCUGAGGAAGUCAUUGAACUCAGACAGUUGCUGAAGAAUGAAACUCAUUUAAGAAAGGUUGCUGAAGAAGAGGUGAAAAAUCUAAAAAGUCAACUAGCUCAAAGGAAAGCUUCUGAGGCAUCUGGAAAUGCUGAGUUACUGAAGCUCCAUAAGAUGCUGGAAGACGAGGCACGCCAGAAAGAGAAACUUGAAGAAGAAAUCACAAUACUAAGAAGUCAGUUGUUACAAUUGAGUUUUGAAGCUGAGGAGACUGGAAGAAGUCUUGACAGAGGUGGACCUGGAAAAAUCCUCACUGGUUUGGAUUCCCUCAUGGCUCAAGUUCGGCAUCCACAGCUCAAAGAUUCAGGACACGGACAAAAAGCCUCCAUUGCAAAACUCUUUGAACAAGUUGGAUUGCAAAAGAUAUUGUCUCUGCUUGAAUCAGAAGAUGCUGAUGUACGGAUUCAUGCGGUAAAAGUUGUGGCCAAUCUGGCAGCUGAAGAAGCAAAUCAGGAAAAGAUUGUCGAAGCUGGUGGUCUUACAUCCUUGUUAAUGCUUCUUAGAAGCUCAGAGGAUGAGAUGAUACGCAGAGUAGCUUCUGGUGCGAUUGCCAACCUUGCAAUGAAUGAAACCAACCAAGAACUUAUAAUGGCUCAAGGUGGUAUUAGCUUGUUGUCAAUGACUGCAGCAGAUGCCGAGGAUCCACAAACUCUUCGAAUGGUUGCUGGAGCCAUUGCAAAUCUCUGUGGAAAUGACAAGCUACAAAUGAAAUUGAGAGGUGAAGGUGGUAUUAAAGCAUUGCUUGGAAUGGUGAGAUGCGGACAUCCAGAUGUUCUUGCCCAAGUUGCACGUGGAAUUGCUAACUUUGCAAAAUGCGAGUCCAGAGCAUCUACUCAAGGAGCAAAAACUGGCAGGUCUCUCCUGAUCGAUGAUGGAGCACUUCAUUGGAUUGUACAGAAUGCGAACAAUGAAGCCUCACCAAUCAGACGCCAUAUUGAACUUGCACUCUGUCACUUGGCACAACAUGAGGUGAAUGCAAAGGAUAUGAUCAGUGGAGGUGCUCUGUGGGAGCUGGUCCGUAUUUCACGAGACUGUUCUCGAGAGGACAUAAGGACUCUUGCACACCGUACACUAACUUCCAGUCCCACAUUUCAAGCUGAACUGGGGCGCUUACGGAUAGAAUGUUGAAGAUUGCUUCUGAUGAGCAGCUUGUGAUAUAUUUUGCAUGUAGACCACAGUUGGGGACGUGUGCAGAAGCUUGUUAUUGACCUCACUGUGAGGUGGGCGAGGGAAAGAAUCCAUCCUUGGCAAGAAUAAGCCGGCCUAUAUGUUUUGUUAAAUGGGUUUGGGCUUGGGUUUGAUAUCCAUAAUCUCUUGGUGAAUAUGUUUAUUAAUGUAUUUUGUAUUG